CUUUAAUGUUUUUAUCAUUUUGUACAUGCCACACAUCAAUGUUUACAUUGAUGUUGUGUUAACGGAACACCUCAGUGUAUCCGGUUUUAUCGUCUUAACUUUCCUUUUGUUUUUGUGUUUUGUUUCCCAGAAUAAAAGAAUAAAUAAAGGCAUGACGCCCCGAUUCAUCGGAUCGUCAUGAGGGGGAGAGUGGGCCACAUGCUGUUAACUCUCAACAAAUCAUUCUUGGACACUUCUCUUCUAUCUCUACAACUCAAUUGCCAAACCAACUUCGAAUCAAAUGGUCCGCUACGCUCAUAAGUCAACCAUAAUUUUCUGCUAUGCAGCUGACUGGUUCUCCUCAAAAGCAAUCAUUUCAAAUAGUAAAAAAGACAACAUUGUGGAGGAGACAAAUGUCAGAUACUCGUGUAUUGAAGAUGAAUCCCUUGCGCGCCUGGAAAUCAUCAGAACAUUCAUUCUAGAGACGCUUUUGGACUUCAUCAAGCUGAUCAAGAGUAACUUCUGGAAGGCAAGGAUUACAAGCAAGAUUUUCAAGAUUCCUCAACCCCCGACAUCAAAGAUCAAAUUGCCAAGAAGACCUCAUAGGGGAGAUUGUGAGGAUUUCUUCAAAAAGCCUUCUCAAGAAAAAGGAAGCUGAGCUGCACUGAAAUUCAAGACAAAAGAGGAGCAACUAAACAAAUGUUAUCUACGCUCUUCUCUUCAUUGCUGAAUCAACACAAAGACAAAGAUAUUUGCGCUGCAAUGCUGAUUGAACACGAUUGAACACCAAGGGGGAGAUUGUUGGGAAUAUUUUAUGGUGUCCAAACUAGUUAAAUAUCUUUGUAUUUGUGUACUUAUUAAUUAAAUGUGUAAUAUGGGUCACAAAUGUAUUUCAGCC